UCGCACAAUGCGUUGUUCACGCUUUGUUAGAAAGGCAUGAAUGAAGUGCCGCAGUAUUGUACGGAAUCUCUUCAGAAGUGCUCUUUUAAAUUCGUAGAUAUCAAAUGUGAGUCGCGAGUUAGUGUUGUGUGCACUAUGUAUUAUUUAGACAUUUCUCUAAUACUGCCAGAUAGCCCUAGUCUUGAAAUCACAGAGGUCUAUCUAAAGAAGAACAUUCUUCAAUCAAUAAAACAAUUGUUCGGUGAAGAAGGAACCAAGGGUACCAUAGAUAUCCUAAAAUUUGAUGCGAAGGAACACAGAUGCGUUCUAAGGUGCACUGAUGAUUGUUAUGUACGUCUUCGGGCAGCUUUAGUCGUAGCUGGAAAAUACGAAGGACAUACUUGCAUCUAUGCUAUUCAUCGUGCUUCAGCAAAUUUAUUAUCAUUUAGUGCAAAUAGUCGGAAUUAUCAACAUUAA